AUGAAUUUCCGACGCGACAUCUCUGCUCUGAAUGAAGACAUCAUAGUUGAGCAGCUACUUCGUAGCCAUGAUCCAGACGGUCGCUGGCUUGAUUCCGAAAUGCUGCUUCAAGAAGUCGAAACCAUCUUAAGCUUUGUUCUGCAAAAUGAUGUUUCUAGACCGCUUCUGACAGAGAAUUGUAUCACCACCAUUGAAGUUUUUGACUCAAAGGAAACACUACCAUACGCUAUCUUCAGAAUCUCCGUUCAGAUGCUUUGUCCAUGUACUGGGGAAAAUGAGAUCCGGAAAAGGACAAUGGUUUUGUUUGAUCUUCUCAAGGAAUACAGAUGGGAUGCAAAAGCUGUGUUAGUACUAGGAGUCCUUGCCGCAACAUAUGGAGGACUAUUGCUACCAGUUCAUCUGGCCAUCUGUGAUCCCGUUGCAGCAUCAAUUGCAAAACUCAACCAGUUGCCUAUUGAGAGAACCAAGUUCAGACCGUGGUUAGAGUCUCUAAACUUGCUCAUUAAAGCCAUGGUGGAUGUAACCAAAUGCAUCAUCAAAUUUGAAAAAAUUCCAUUUAAACAAGCGAAGCUAGACAACAACAUUUUGGGAGAAACCUUGUCUAACAUCUAUCUGACUACUUAUCGGGUUGUCAAAAGUGCACUCACAUGCAUGCAGCAGAUCCCUUAUUUCAAGCAAACGCAGCAGGCAAAAAAAUCAAGGAAAACAGCAGCGGAACUUUCAAUUGAAUCAAGGAGAGCAGCAGGAGAACUGUCUAGUUUGGGAUAUCAGUUGCUGAACAUACACACCCGCCUCAACAAGCAGGUAGAAGAUUGCAGCACACAAAUAGAGGAAGAAAUCAAUCAAAGGCUUAGAAACAUUAACAUAGAGACUCAUCAAGACAACCAAGACGUACUCCACCUACUUUUUUCUCUACAAGAUGAUUUGCCACUUCAACAAUACUCCAGACAGAUAUCUAUAACUGAGGUACAAGAUAAGGUAACACUACUGCUAUUAUCAAAGCCACCAGUAGAGCCACUUUUCUUCCUACUCCAACAGCUAUACGAUCAUCCAUCUAACACCAACACAGAACAAAACUACGAGAUCAUAUGGGUUCCAAUACCAUCAUCCCAAAAAUGGACAGACGAAGAGAAAGAAAUCUUCGAUUUCUACUCCAAUUCCUUACCAUGGAUCUCAGUAAGGCAACCAUGGUUGAUGAGCUCCACAAUACUCAACUUUUUCAAACAAGAAUGGCAUUAUAAAGAUAACGAAGCAAUGUUGGUUGUUAUCGAUUCUAACGGGAGGUUCGUCAACAUGAAUGCCAUGGAUAUGGUGUUGAUUUGGGGUGUUAAAGCAUAUCCAUUCUCAGUUUCUAGAGAAGAUGAGCUUUGGAAAGAACAUGGAUGGUCUAUCAAUCUCUUGCUUGAUGGAAUUCAUCCUACAUUUGAAGGAAGAGAGAUCUGCAUAUUCGGAAGCGAGAAUUUGGAUUGGAUUGACGAAUUUGUGUCACUAGCGAGAAAAAUUCAAAACCUAGGGUUCCAGUUAGAGCUGAUUUACCUAAGCAACCAGAGACGAGACGAGCGAGCCAUGGAAGAGAGCUCAAUUUUGUUCAGUCCUACAUUGCAACAGCUCUUCUGGCUCCGAUUAGAAAGCAUCGAAAGAUCAAAACUCAAGCGGAUUGUAAUUGAACCAUCGAAACCUGAUCGUGUUUUUGAAGAAGUUAGGAACCUUCUCGACUUCGAUUACGGGAAACAUAGAGGUUGGGGAAUCAUUGGGAAUGGAUCAACUGCGGAGACGGUUGAUGGAGAGAAGAUGACGGAGAGGAUGAGAAAGAUUGUGCGGUGGGGAGAGUAUGCGAAGGGGUUGGGUUUUACGGAGGCGAUUGAGAUUGCGGCGGAGAAGCCGUGUGAACUGAGUCACACGGCGGUUGUUCCGUUUGAAGAAGCGUUGACGAUGAAAGUUGUCACGUGCGAGAAAUGUAAGUGGCCAAUGAAGAGGUUUGUUGCAUAUCAGUAA